UUUUCUAUGUUACACAGAAAAAAACAUCCCAAAGAAACAAGCAUAAAGAAGAACAAGUGUGCUCAUUUAUUCUUAUAAAUAGCCUUAGGCCACAGCUAAUUUGCACUUACAUGAGAGCUUUCAAAAGUGCUUGUGUUCCUGUGUGCAUACUUGUUUGUUUGGCUUUAACAUGUUCGAUUCCUUCAGGCUACUCUAUCCACAAACCCAGAAGUAAGUAAUUUAAACAUCUCCUAAAGCAAGAAAUGAGGAAGAUAACUUUGAAGAACUGAGAUACAAAAAUUUUUUCAAGAUGCCAACUCACCUAUUCAUAAAGCAGGAAAAAAGGUCACACUGAGACUUGCCAUGGCUAUUAAAGGCAGGCCCUACUAGCGGCUACUCCAAGAAGCAAGGUAAAAGUGAGAGGGAAAAUAAAGAGAAGAAAAGCAACAAGGAGGCAGAAUUAAAAGGAUGCACGGACGCUUGGUGAUAUGGGAGAAGGAGCUGAAUAAGGAAAGGCAGGAAUGCCCUGGGGUCUGUAUGCUGCCUUAGUGCAAGCCCGGUGAGGCCUGGGCACUGGCAGAGAGGACCCAUCUCAUCCUAGGCUGUGCAGAAUCUCACCUCACCUCCUACACUCCUCUUUCAUGAGUGUCUGGCCUCGUGUGCUGCCUGAGGUUGUCGCUGGGACCAGGAGCCCCAGUCUCAUUCCAGUUUGGAAGGCCUUCAUUAGAGAUUGUGCAGAUUCGACCCUGCUUGGAUCGGUGGCCAGAUGACACCUUUGGACUGAGUUUUCAAGAGUGCCUCCUUGCGGCAGGGCAAGUGGACCCCUUCAUGCCUGAAUUCUGAUGCAGCACCUCUCACUGGUGUCUUUGGAGACCACCAUCUUCAACUACAGUUGUGGCUUUUACCUCUGUUACUUUGUCACCACACCCAGUGUCACCCUGACUACAGCCACGGACCAGUUCUUAUCCUCAGUUGAUCAAAAUGAGUGCAAAGUCUGAGCAUUUGGGGCAGGGGUCCGCUGUGGACCUUUCCUCGGUUCACCUGGCCUAGCAUGCCACCAGCUGCAGGAAAAGCUUAUGUAAUGAGAUUGUUACCUCCCCAGCUAGUACUGUCCAGCUCCCCUCUUUCAAGUUCAGCCCCCUGUAUUCUGUUACCCGGAGGUCAGGUGUGAGUGGGUGGCAGUGAGAGCAUACUGUAUACAGAUGGCCUAUGAACAAGAGGCGCCCGUGCCCCACCCGAAAUUGUAUCAGAACCUCUUUGUCCAAUCUGAAGACACCCCCCUCUGUCUCCACCCAGGCAGGGGAGCAUCGCUGAGGAGAGAGGCAAUGCCCAGCCCAGUUAGGUGGCUUUAGUGGUUUUCGUCUUCCCCACUGCUUUCUGGACCACUUGGCUUUAUGCAUCCUGCAUUUCUUGAUCUCUUUUGUUAUUCAGACAUUUGCCUUGUCCACUGUUGAUGGCUUGUCUGAGCUAAGCUCCUCCAGUCUGAUGAGUGACUAGAUGUGUCAACCUCCUCCUCCACCCCUCUGUGCUCUGACCGUCAGAGGAUACCCUUCCCUCCUGUGGGUGGUCCUGGAAGGAUCCUUCCUCCCGUCUCUUCUGCUAUUUUGUUGGAGCCAGGCGUGAUCCAGGAUGUGUUAGCAGCUGGCAGUCACCUACAGCUGUUGGAGCUUCUCAAUUUAUGUUCCCACUAUCUCAUCCAGCUAGCUGUGAGGUGGCUGGAACACAGCUGCCAUUACCAGUACAUGGAUGAGCUCCUGCAGUACAUCCGCUUUGGCCUGAUGGACGUGGACACUCUCCAUGCAGUUGCCCUGUCCCACCCCCUCGUCCAGGCAAGUGAAACCGCAACAGCUCUCGUCAACGAGGCCCUGGAGUACCACCAGAGUAUCUACGCACAGCCCGUGUGGCAGACUCGCAGGACCAAACCGCGCUUCCAGUCAGAUACUCUGUACAUCAUCGGUGGGAAGAAGCGUGAGGUCUGUAGAGUCAAGGAACUUCGGUACUUCAAUCCCGUGGAUCAGGAGAAUGCCCUCAUAGCUGCCAUUGCCAACUGGAGUGAGCUGGCUCCCAUGCCCGUGGGAAGGAGCCACCAUUGUGUGGCAGUCAUGGGGGACUUCCUGUUUGUAGCAGGAGGGGAAGUCGAGCACGCCAGCGGCCGGACGUGUGCCGUGAGGACUGCCUGUCGCUAUGACCCCCGCAGUAAUUCCUGGGCAGAGAUAGCACCCAUGAAAAACUGCCGGGAGCAUUUCGUUCUGGGAGCCAUGGAUGAGUACCUCUAUGCGGCUGGGGGCAGAAAUGAACUGCGCCAGGUUCUGCCGACCGUUGAGCGAUAUUGCCCCAAGAAGAACAAGUGGACUUUCGUCCAGCCCUUUGACCGGUCCCUCUCCUGUCAUGCUGGCUAUGUGGCUGACGGUCUUCUUUGGAUAUCAGGUGGAGUAACUAACACGGCACAAUAUCAGAACAGACUAAUGGUAUAUGAACCUAACCAGAAUAAGUGGAUAAGCCGCAGCCCCAUGCUGCAGAGGCGGGUCUACCAUUCCAUGGCUGCUGUUCAAAGGAAGCUUUAUGUUCUUGGAGGCAAUGACCUGGACUACAAUAACGACCGGGUCCUUGUGCGGCAUAUAGAUGCCUACAACAUGGACGCUGACCAGUGGACGCGUUGUAAUUUUAACCUGUUGACUGGCCAAAAUGAAUCUGGAGUUGCUGUCCAUAAUGAGAGAAUAUAUUUAGUGGGUGGAUAUUCGAUUUGGACGAACGAGCCUCUGGCUUGCAUCCAGGUAUUGGAUGUCAGUAGAGAAGGCAAAGAAGAAGUAUUCUACGGGCCUACACUUCCUUUUGCUUCCAAUGGAAUAGCAGCAUGCUUCCUCCCAGCUCCGUAUUUCACAUGCCCUAACCUUCAAACUCUUCAAGUGCCUCAUCACAGGAUUGGCACCAUCUGAAAAGCCAGUGCUCUCUUAACAACCAGCAUGAACACGAGGAAGAAAAAGCCCUGACUUUUGGAUACUGGGCAUGAAAAUACUCAGUGCUCAAUGCUUCCUUGUUUUGUUUUCUAGAUCUUCUAUUCAGAUAAACAUUAGCAAAAAAUGAAGUUUUCUAAAAUACACAUUAUUGAAAACGCUUGUCACGCUUCUCAGUGUGUGUCAAUAUACAGUACAAUAUGUAUGACUUUUAUGGUGGUGUAGCUUAGUGCUAACUUAAUGGUCCAUGGAUCUUUUAAGCAUUCUUUGUACACUUUGUCUAAUCAGUGCUGUCCAGGACAUUACCCUCUUAGUAAGGCAGUUUAUUCCACAAGUACUGCCAUUAAUGAUCUUAAAAAAAAAUUGUCAGUACUUAAUCUCUUUACUACUUAAGCCUGGGAUUGUAAUUUUUCUUUUAAAAAUUUAACAUUAUACAGCCCUGCUGUAUAAGUAGAGGCUCAUCAUUAUGACAUCAUAAAUUUUUAAAUGCCAUAUUUUAUUCAAGGUAAUACAAAUAAUAGAAGUACACCGGAACAGCAGAUGGAAUACCCAGAUUUUUCACCUUGGUUGCUCUGUUACCUUGGGCCAGGAGCUUAACUUUACAUUGCUUCAGUUUUCUCACUUUUUAAGGAGGGCAAUUAUUGAUUUCCAUAUUAAUUCAGAAGAAUGUUUUAAGGAUUAGGCAAAUGCUCUGAAGUACUUUGCCUAAGAAAAAAAAAUGUCACUCAAAUUACAAGGUAUUUUACUGUUUUAGAACCUUGUAACUGAAAAAGAUUAUUUUUGAAGUUUAAAAAUUACUAGAUAGAACUUGGAACACAAGCUAUGAGAUAAAUGAUUCUGAAAAGCAUGUGAAAGAGACAUGCUAAUUAUGAAAAAGGGAGUUUACUAAAGCCAAAGAUUCCUAAACUUGUAUAAACACUUGCCUCAAAUAAUAAGUCUCUCAAACAUUUCAUCUAAGCUCAUUUAGUGAAAAAUGACAUUUUAAAGCUCAGAAAAAAUUAGUUGUACUAAUUUCGGUACCAUAAAGUGCUCUGACAUAAAUUUGAACCUAGUAUCAGUAGUUCUGAUAAAAGUUUUUCCACUUUGUUAAAGGUUAUGUCAAUCUUGAGCACUUGUGGGAUUCUUCUCUACCACCAAUACAUAUUUUAUUACUACCAUUUUUAAUAAUGCAUGAGAAUUUUUUUAGGCUAGGUUUUUGGAUUUGCUUUGUCUAUAACAAAAAAUAAAAAAUAAAACAACUCAAUAAUCGUAUUUGAACAUAAAUUCAACAAGUAUAACAUGAGUUUUUCCCCUUAAUCUUGUUAGGAUAAGUCACCUUUAUUAAAAGGAAGAUUUUACUUUUUUUCCUUAGUUUAAUCAUUCAGCAAUCCUUGUCUUAAUGGGAAAUUGUCAUUUUAUUCAUGUAACCACUUUUAGUAAUCAGAAGUGAAAAAAAAAAUUUUUA